UCCGACUCCUCCUCUGCUUUCUCAAUCUUUCUCCCAUGGCGACUAAUUUUCCAAAUUUCACUCUCCUCCUCCUCCUCUUCUUAACACCCCUUAUCUUCCAAUUUCCGCACCAGGUCUCAUCGGAAUGCACAUGCGAUCGAGGCACCAGCCGCGGCGGCGACAGCGACAGCGACGGCCACCCGGACGGGAACAAGCCGCUCGUCUACAAAAUCGUGGCGAUUUGCUCGAUUCUGGCGGCGGGCGGGAUCGGAGUGACGAUCCCGAUCGCAGGGAAGAAGUUCCCGGCUCUGCAUCCGGAGAACAACCUCUUCUUCCUCAUCAAGGCCUUUGCGGCGGGGGUAAUUCUGGCGACCGGAUUCGUCCAUAUUCUCCCCGACGCCUUCGCGAGCCUGUCGAGCCCCUGCGUGAGGGAGAACCCUUGGGCGAGGUUCCCGUUCCCCGGGCUUUUCGCCAUGGUGGCGGCGGUGAUGACGAUGAUGAUUGAUACGUUCGCGACGAGCUAUUACAAGCGGUCUCAUUUCAGGAAUACGAACAAGGCGCUGCCGGUGGUGGUGGUGGGGAGCGGUGGUGGUGGGACUGACAGCAGUGGGGAAUUGGAAGGGGUAGCGGCGGAGCACGAGGGGCAUGUUCAUGUUCACACCCACGCGACUCAUGGACACGCGCAUGGCUCUGCUUUUGGCCCGGAGGAUUCCGAGGACUCCCAUCAUUUCCGGCACCGGAUUGUUUCUCAGGUUCUGGAGAUGGGGAUAGUGGUUCACUCGGUUAUAAUUGGGGUAUCGCUAGGCGCGUCGGGGAGCACGAGGACGAUCAAGCCACUGGUGGCCGCACUCACUUUCCACCAAUUCUUCGAAGGGCUGGGCCUCGGUGGAUGCAUCUCACAGGCAAAGUUCAAGUUCCGAGUGGCGGCAACAAUGAUGCUCUUCUUCUCCCUGACGACUCCGAUCGGGAUAGUGGUGGGAAUCUGCAUCUCGAGGGGCUACAGCGAGGACAGCCAGGCCGCGCUUCUGGUCAGCGGGAUCUUGAACUCGGCUUCCGCCGGGAUAUUGAUAUACAUGGCACUAGUGGACUUGCUGGCACAGGAUUUCAUGAACCCCAAGCUGCAGGGGAACCUGCGGUUGCAGCUUGGAGCUAACGUUUCUCUCCUCUUGGGGAUGGGCUGCAUGUCGUCCUUGGCGCGAUUGGCCUGACCACCGCCAUUGCCAUCAUCAGUAGCUUUGUAGAGUUGUGAAAAUGGUUAUGGUGCUCGUUUCCCCUGUUGUAUUCUGUAAAACUGUUCUAUAGGUUUGGUAUGAAAAAUAGAAAGAGCAAAGAGGAAUUCCCAUCACCUGCUGAGAUUCAUCAACACAAACCAAUGCCAUAAAUUACGCUAACCUAA